CUAGAAUCUCUCGCACCACAUCCACAAGGCGAGCUAAAAGAAUUGGAUGUACACGGGUAUGGCGGUCUGGCAAUUCCACAUUGGAUGAAAGACCCUCGGAUAUUCCUGCGCUUGAGAAAGCUUGAAAUUUCUCACUGCCCAAGAUGUGUUGAUCUCCCAAUGGUGUGGUCGUUGCCCUGUCUCGAGGAUUUGUCUUUAUCCAACAUGGAUAGCCUGACCACACUAUGUAGGAAGAUUGACGUGGAAGCUGCAGGACACAAUACCCCUCCGCAACUAUUCCCAGUGCUAAAGAGGAUGUGGUUAAUACAUUUGCCAAAGUUGGAGAGAUGGGCAGAAAACAGCGCAGGAGAGAUUAAUAGCUCGAUGACAUUUCCCCGGCUUGAAAGUCUAUAUAUUAUUAACUGUGAUAAGCUUGCAAGUUUUCCAAACGCACCAGUUCUGAAAUAUCUCUACCUAUCUAAUGGCAAAGAGAAAAACUCUGCUACAGGUGCUCUCGUUCCGAUGCCCAUACCUUUGGACUGUUUGUCGUCUCUUAUCCGCUUAAACAUAUCAUUUUUGCCGGUAGACGUGGUGAUGCCUCGAGACGGACAGCAAAGUCAGAGUCAAAGACCUCUGGACACCCUGCGAUAUUUGCAGCUUAAGGGUGACGACGGCUUCGUAUCAGUAUUUAACAAAUCCAAAUUGCAACUUGGACUUCGGGACUGCUGGGUCUUCGUGGAAGAAUUGGAAAUCAGUUCAUGCUCCAAUAUUGUCCGCUGGUCAGUGGAGGAGCUCCGAUGUUUGCCUCGUCUUCGACGUCUGCAUAUUUGGAGUUGCUCCAAACUGGAGGGGAAGGGCUCAUCAUCUGAGGAAGAGGAAAUCCUUCCGCUGCCCCAGCUGGAUUUUUUACGUAUAUACUCUUGUGACAGCUUGCUCCGGAUCCCCAAGUUGCCUGCAUCCCUCGAGAAAAUUGACAUUUCCUUCAGCAGAAGUUUGUUGGCGCUGCCUUCAAACCUCGGAGAUCUAGCUAAGCUGAGGAACCUCCGUGUGUUGAGUUGCGGUGCGCUGAAAGAGCUGCCUGAUGGGAUGGAUGGCCUCACUUCCCUUGAGCGGUUGGAGAUUGGUGAUUGUCCAGGGAUCGAGAGAUUUCCGCAGGGUCUCCUCCAGCGGCUCCCAGCCCUCGAAUUCCUAUGGAUAUGGGACUGCCCUGACCUGCAGAGGCGUUGCAGAGAAGGUGGGGAGUACUUUCACUUGGUCGCUUCUAUUCCGUAUAAACUCAUUCCAGCACCAGCACCAGAACCCGCACCUGGAAGAAAGAAGCCAGUGAAGUGGUUCCUUCCCUCGUGCGGUGGUGGUUCUCAAUCUCAACUCUCAAGGCAACUGAGCAGUUUGGGAUGAUGGUGCACAUUAGAGUCACGGGCGUCAAAAGGAAGAAGCACAUCGAGCAAUCAAGCUAGUUUUGUUGCUCUGAUCUCGGCUGGAACUGUUUCUCAGGAUAUCAGUUUGGCGAAGGCUGAACGGAACCGCUCAAGACUGCAGUAGUUACACCAUCGUUUCCUUCACUUGAGAUGGGCCUACUACUGGAGCCAACUCCUCUGAGGACGUGGUUUUCCAGAAUGAGCUUGAGCUGCGAUUCCUCGACCAGUCAUACGAACGCCUUCAGCGUCAAGGCAUAUUUUCACCUACGGCUACACUACAACUGAACCUUCAUUAAAAAGAAGAGAAGAGAAUACUUCAUCGGAGGUCCUUCAGCCAUCUCCAAAGAGAAGGGUCAGAACUACACGGUAGUUAAAAGAGAUGAAGCAACGCAGUUGGCAGUCCAAUGAUUAGGCGGCUACAGCAGGCAGCCGUGCAACGCUGAGAGAGGUGCUAUGCAAACCAAGUGCUGAGGGCUGCCAACACCCUGACCAGUCCUCCCUGAGUGCCCUUUUCAAGUGCAGAUCAGCAGGGCAGAUAGGAUCGGAGGUAGACUGAAUACGGUAGCAUCUGGUUUAUGUGGCUUGCGAAUGCAAUCUCCACAGGAACCUCUGCAUGUGUAAUGUGUUGCUUUGCCAAUUGCCAUCGCACGUGGCAUGCUUGGGUCCGAUUCACGGUCAGAUUUCUUUC